UGACGUCACAAACAUGGAGUAGUGAGAGAGACACUCCUAUUAGAGCUGCUCUCCUGUUUUGAGGAUAAAGAACGCCACACAUUACACACAACGAACUGAAACAUAUCCACAUUAGUGAAGAAUGUCGUGAUAUAUUAACUGUGUUCAUAUAAGAUCAACAAGAUGACUGGGAGGAACAUAAUUACCCGAGAACUGAGUGAUUCCAUACGCCAAUGCCUUGGACGUAAAGUGAAGCUCACGUUGAAGGUGCUCGUAAAAGUUGAGACCAGAGGAGAUAAGACAGACAAUCGGGUGUUGGCUUUUGCAUCAUGUCGAUUGUUUGUGCUGACGGCCAAGGUCCCCACGAGGGUAGAUCAACACUUCCAUUACCUAGACAUCCAAGGUGUCGAGAGCCGCAAGCCCAACCAGUUAUGUCUGACAGUUUGUGACCGGGUGUAUACUUACUACACCACACACGAGGAGAACAGCAGUCAUGAGGUGGACACGAUGGUGCUAAGUUUGGGGACCGCGCUCAAAAAUAUCUUCCCAGCGGUUCCUCUCACACACAUCAUCCGUAAAGUGGACAUCCAGCCCCUCAAGCGGAUGCAACAGUUGGAAGAGCUGGAGCGAGCAACUUUGGGAGGCACUAGAGACAUGGGUCCCUGUGGCGGCUUCUCUACUCAGUACAUGUGUAUGUGCGACUACCACGCGCUGCCGUACAGAGAAGAGGUGGCGUGGGACGUCGACACCAUCUACCUUUCACACGACACUCGAGAGCUCUACCUACACGAUUUUGAUUAUUUAGAACAAAAAGACCUCAUCCCCAUCAUCAGCGCCCUCGAGUACAACACGUGGUUCCGCAAGCUCCGGGCCAGCCACAGUAAACUCUCUCAUGAAGCAAUAGAACGAAUUUUACACGUGGUCAGCAAGUCACUUAGCUUAGAAGAAAUUUAUCUAGAUAAUAUUGGUGCCAAAGCAGAAUUUGCCAACAAACUAUCAUUGGCACUUCUAUCCAACAGCAACAUUCCUCUGCAGAAACUUGACCUCUCGCACAAUCCACUGGAGGAUAAAGGUGCUAUACACGUAAGUAAUCCCAUUGGACGGCAAGCAAAGGGUCUUAGUCAUCUUAACCUCUCCCACUGUGGGCUGACCGGUAAAGGUGUUAACAUGCUUGCACAUUCCCUCUCAGUUAAUAAGUAUAUGUGUCAAACUUUAACAUUCCUGAGUCUGGCCGGCAACUCCUGAGAUGACGUCAACAACUUAUAUAACUUCCUAGCACAACCUAACUCCCUCAAGACGCUCGACCUUUCAGCUACCGAGUGUGCCAUUGAUGCGGUAUUUGGUGCAUUAUUACGAGGAUGUACCAGUAGCUUAGCACACCUCAUUUUAUCACGCAACAGUUUUGGCAGCAAGAAAAGCAGAGAAAUGCUGCCGUCCUUCAAGCAGUAUUUUACAUCUACCUUGGCCCUAAAAACCCUCACGCUGUGUCAGUGUAAACUUCCUGCAGAUGCUCUCAAGAAUGUUCUACUAGGAUUAGCCUGUAAUGAAAACAUCUCAGAAGUUGACCUGGACCUCAGCAGUAACCAGCUCAGUGCCACGGCGCAAAUAUUAGAGUCCUGUAUCCACGGCGUUCGAUGUUUGUCAGCGCUAGACAUUUCCGAUAAUGGGUUGGAGACUCAGCUGGGUCCUGUAGUAGCAGCAAUUAGUAAAAACAAAAGUAUUAAAAAAUUAAAUAUUGGCCGCAACCUCAAUAAUAUCAAGAGUAAACAUGUUUACCACGUGAUGGAGUCGGUUGUUCAAAUGAUUCAGGAAGAAGACUGUGUGCUAGAUCCCCUCUCCAUAAAUGACUCCCGACUUAAAACAGACCUGCACAACCUCCUAAAUGCUCUAGGUAGUAAUCACUGCCUCCAGAGUCUAGAUAUAAGUGGUAAUUACAUGGGUGAUAGCGGUGCACGACUUCUUGCCAAAGCUCUCCAGAUUAACUCCAAACUCCAGUAUAUAAGCUAUGAUAGGAAUAACGUUACAUUACAAGGCUAUAGUGAUAUUGCCUAUGCAUUACAAAGUAAUUACAGUGUAAAGUUCAUGCCAUUUCCUGUACAUGACGCCAUGUUGUGCAUGAAGACAGCACCGGAGCGAACUGAGAACAUCAUGCGUAGAAUCCAGGACACUCUGUACAGGAAUGUUUCUCCGAUGAAGUACUCCAAUGGACAAGCAUUCAGAUUACAACAGGGCUUCUUAUUAAGUUCAACGCAGCAGCAGGUAGACCGACUGGUGCUACAGACUGGUGAGGUUGUCCGGACGCUGCGGCGGUCUGGGAGCGACCUGGGCGGCUCCAACUCCUUACAGUGGGCUGAGGGACUCAUCACUGAUGCCGACAGCUCUAAACAGCUGAUCACUCACCUACAUGAUGUGGUGUUGCGGCGGGACGAGGCGGGUAACCCCAUAGAGACGAAACUCCACCAACUCUCUACUGACCUACACACUGUCAUCACCAACUACCUCCAGGAUACAGUCGAGAGUAUGGUUCGGUCAGCCCAGGAUAAGUGUCCCAACGUGCUGAGUGAAGAGAAGGUGGUGAACGAUGUGAGGGCCGCCUGCCUCGCCAAGUCACAGCUUUCGUACGAUCUCGUGGAAUCAGCCAUCGUGGAACAAGCAGGGUCGGUCAUCUUGAACAAGGUCAACGAAGUCAACCUGGCCAUCGCGUCAACCGUGUCCGACCGUGUCAUUGAUGAAGUUGUAGAGUCACUAUCCAAGACUUGUAAAAACUUGCAAUCUGGUGAAGGCCCUCGCAAGAGAGCCUCAACAGGUACAGAGAUGGGCGUCCGUGAGCGAGGCAGCAGCGAGUCAUCCUCCCGCAGCGAACGUUCAGACACAGUGAGUCAGGGCGACGACACAACCAGUCAGAAAUCAGAUCCGUCGCCUUUGAAAUUGGAAUAUUUGAACCUCGCCACCCCACAACUUGCCUCAAAACGGAAGAGUCUUCAUGGCAGAAAGCUGCGUCCUCAGAGCGUUGUCGAUUAUGCAGAAGCUCAAGCUGCCUUAAAACAAGCUUUGGUCAAUCGUCAUAGUGCUGAGAAUUUACUAAGAGAGGGGGUUAGUUGUGAUAGUAUAGAUAUCAUGGAACUAUCUUCGGAGAGCCUUGAGAUGGAGGAGAGUGAGUGGUGGAUUAAGGACGUGGACGUAAUCUUGCCUAUCCCUCGCUCGUCACCACAAGUGUUCUGUAGGACGUCUCAGGAUGUGCAGCAGAACUACCUUACAGCGGAGGGAGAUCUAAUUGGCUGGAUUGACGUAGACAAGAGUGAGUCCAUUACUGCCACGCAGUCUAUGUCUGGUUCUCACAAGGAGAUGGCCGAGUCAUUAGACAGUGUCUCCGAGUUGCCGAGCAGCUGCGGCCAACUUCAGCACCUGGGUAAGGCCCGACCACGAAGAGUGAAGACUCGUGCUCCAACGCGACCCAUGGGCCGUGCAGAUCUAGUCGAAGAAGACCACGACAUAUCUGAAGGUGUUGACACAUUCUUCAGGCCCGGAUCUUCUACACCCACAACACCUCUCAUCUCUCCUGACUCAGAGAACAGCCCACGUCUGCUCAAGUACGGAUCAACUUCCUCGGUGGAAAGUUCUCCGCACACUGGUGGAGCGAGAACAGGAAGUGAGAGAGGAAGUAUCGAGUCACUCACCCGCUCCGACUCCUUAGCUCGCUCGGAGUCUGACGUGACGCGCGACUCUCCCAGACCACGCACCAAGUCCCGAGAUACAGAAGAAGAAGAUGAGGAGGAGGAAGAAGAACAGAGUAUGGAGGAAAAGAGCAGUCGCAGUGUUACCAGUCUGAUUGGGAAGUUGGCCAGUGAAGGUGUGUUGAAGAGGUCACCUGACAUGACCGCCAGGAAGGCCUCAACUUCAUCUAACAUCAGUUCUAUCGAGGAUAAGAGCCGAAGUGAGGAAGAUGGAAAGGAAGACUCUCCUCCCAGAUCAAAGAUGGCAGGGUUACCCAAGAUGGGCAUUGGUGGCAACAUCUUGGCUGAGAUGAAGAUGAUGCAAGAAAAACGAACAUCAUUCUUACCCAAGGAAGAAGACAGAGACAGGGAUGAAAAGAAAGAGAACCCCUCAAGCAGCCUCCUAGCUGGGGUCAGGCUAAGGUCAACUGGCCUGGCCGACAGCCUCAAGUCCCCCACCAACGGCUUCCCUCGGGGCUCUGGUGGGAACAGAUCUCCAAAUUGUAACAGGGACUCUUGUAUUGACACAACAGGACCGAGCCCGAACACCAAGCCUGUGAUCACCGCCCUCAAACCUAAGCCCCCUCCCCCUCUCGCACCCAAACCACGACCCAAGUCUGUCAUUGGAGGAGACCGCAGAUCAGGUGAAUAUGAAUCUGGUGAUGCUGCUGAAGAUGAACAGCCGCCAAGUGCACCAGUUAGAUCCGUGAGGGAGAUGGCUGCUUCCCUCGCACGUGUGUCCGUCGCCGAGGAGGCCAUGGGCAACAAGAUGUGUACCUCUCUACCUCGCAACUCCGCCUCUCCGACGACCAUCCAAAAUAGCGGUGUGGCCCCCGAGCUCCUGGUAAUCUUCGACAAGCGGCGCUCGACGCUCACAAGCAACCAGCUAGAGGAGCUGGAGGAGACCUGGGUGGACGGUGAACGGGGGGGCGCUGGAUCUACCUCAGCCCCGCCGCUACACCGCCAGACCUCACACAAGCACGUUCUCACCACCGACCUUGCUCUUGAGGAUGUUGUCAAUGUAUAGUACAGUACAGUAUUUUAAGGAUCGAGUCAAGUUUCUGUAUAGUGAAUUUAAAUAUUUACAUUUGACUGAAGCAACUAUUUCCCAAAGCACAUUUCUACAUAGUGUAUUCGUGGACGUCUUCGUGCCGUCGAGAGGUCAUAAUUCUUAUAGAAGUACAGUACAGGGGAUUGCUUCUUUGGUAUCUUACUCUGUUUUAGAUCCAAUCUCUGGCAAUUGACCUGUUAUCAAGCAGCAAAAUAUUAAUACUAAGGAAGUGGUAGGUAUUGGUGUUGCAUCAUGAUGGAAAACUUCUUCAGAAGGCUGUGACAUGUCUCUACACCACCACACGUUGUAUAGAAUCUUAGCAUAUUGUUGAUAUCUAUGGAAUACAGAAUUAUGAAGUAAUCAAAUAUAGUUAUACUACAGUUAUUUAUGGUUAUUGAGAGUUGAAGCACUCAAUAUGACUUGUACAUAAAGAAGUGAAUGCAUUUUCAAGGACAUGUAGCUCAAUCAUUGCAUUUAAAGAAGAAAACAAAGAGUCAUAUUAGAUUUGUGUGUUACGGCCGCAAUAAUCCCUGUUUGACUAGAAGAGCCAGCAUUAAUAAUGAAGUAUUUUGUGUGUCAGGUUUAGGUCACUGCCAACAUUGGAUACUUUUCUUUCUAUUUUUGUUCAAUAAGUACAACUUGCACAAAAUGCUGUGGAGCAUGAGCAAGACGAGAUUAUGUAAAAAGCAAAAAAAAAUUGUAUGUCACCAAGCUCUCCCGUUCUCUGUGCUAAUUUUGCUGACCCCUGCGUUGAUAGGGGUCAGUGGUUGCAUGUAUUCGAUGCAUGUCAUUUCCAGGUUUUAUUGUUGCCAUCAGAUAGAUAUUUAAAUAGUAAUGCAAGUGCAAUAUGUGAGAUGUGUAGUCCAUGGGAGAUUUACAUAUAAAAGCACCUGUAAAUUUGAUUUGUUCCAAAUUACUUAAAAUGAGGAUUGUCAUGGAUUUUGGAUUUUGAUGGAAGAAUUCCAAAGGGGCCCUUUGAGGAGGUCAUUGUACCCUAUAAAAUAAGUUUAUUCCAUGUUAUUGUAUAGUACUAAAAUAUACAUGAUUGAUACCAUAUUUUUUGCACUCAAUUUAAUAAUUAAUUUGCAAAUUUUGCUUAAUGGAAAUUUUUAAAUAGUAUUAGGAAUAUGCACAACUACAUAACCACUCGCAUGGCUAUGAACCUCUGUAUAGUAAGGUAGGUGUUUUAUUUUAUAUUAAUUAGUCGCCACUCAUGUACAGAAGCUGUUGGGAGUGGAGGGGGGAGGGAGGGAGGGGAACGGUUAUAUCUUCCUGGCGGCUUUUUGUCAAUUGCUAAUGAAGGGAGACUAUUGAUUACCUUCAUCUUGGCUGUAUUUCAGGAUGCACUGUUUGAGCAUUAGUUUUUAGAAUAUUUCAAGGUUGUUGUGAUUAGUGAAAUAUACUAAGGCAACAAGCAUUUCAAAAGAAUCUUUUAGUAGAUGGAUGAUUAUUGCAUUUACUUAUACAGUCAUUAUAUAUAAAUAGAAACUGGUAACAUAUAAAGUGCACAGCAUUAAUAGUUCCACAUUUUAUGAAAAAGUACUUUGUGAUAUUAGUUUCUGCAUACAUUUUGUAAGUGAAUUUACUGUAUAUGUAUUGCAAAAUACCAUUGUUAUGCUAACUUAAAACCUUUGAAUAUGGACAGAAGUGUAUAAAGUGGGAUCGUCCUGCCUGAAUAUAGAUAUUGUUAAUGAACCACAAGUUGCGUGCUUGCUUGCUCGGUACCAGAAAUACAACUUAUGUAUAUCUAUUGUUUGUGUGGGAAUAUGGCAGGAGGAACUUUGUGCCAAGAUAUAGGGGGAAAGUAAUUCUAUUUCUGUUAAGGAAAAGAAACAUUUUAUUUCUAGAUGUGUUACUGAUGUGAUUUUAUUGUGUUAAUUUUGAAGAUUCUUAUGAUUAGAGGAUGUGGUAUAUCUGUGAUGAAUUAUGCUUGUGUGAUUAAAUGGUUGACUGACAGUGUGCACAACCAUUUUUUAAAGAUAGGUUGUCAUCAGAGACUCAACAUAAAGCAGGACAACCUUUUUAAAUUAUUAAAGUACUCCUCUGACUUUUUAUGUUGGGAGAGAAUAUUGUGAAUAAUGUAUUUUACUUCUACAAUUCUGGAUGAGAAAUGAAUAAUUGGAAACAAAUUGUAGCUAAGAUAUUUAAAUUAAUUUUAAGUGUUUUGUGAUGCAAAGGCGUUUUGCAUUUAAUGCAUGCUUAGGCAACUUAGUUACCAGGAUCAUAUUCUUGUUCCUGAGAAGAAUCUUGAUUGACAAUAUUUGAGCUUUAUACAAUCACUGUUUGGACGAGAAAUUACAAUUGUGUUACCAACAAUAGACUUGAAGUGAAAUUCCCUUGUGCACUUUUACUUUUUCAAGAAGUUGGUGAGGAUAUGUCUGAUGAGUUGGGGCUUUAAUAAGGCAGUACAAAGAGGGCAGUGGCUAUGGGUUGUUUCAGAGUGCUCAUAAGAGACAAUAUACUUCUAAAAAUCAAAAAAGUAUUGUGAAUGUUUGUAUAGAUGAAUGUAGGUAGACAUAGAAGAAAAAACACUUCAGCUUGAGUACCUUCCUUGAGCCACUGUAGUAGUAUUCCUUAAAGAGCCCACCACAGCACCUUCCCUUGACCCUCAUGGUGAGCAGCUAUUGGACACUCCUCAUCUUGCCCUUCACGUUAAUGUUUAAGCUUUGUUUUAACCUACGUCAUGUAGAGUUUUGUAGUCAUCUUCACUUCAGUAAUCCAUUCAGUUGUAAUAAUUUGAAGGUGCAGAUUAAUGUAGAUAUCUAAAUUGAUUUCAGUAUUUGUAAGGAGUUUUUGUAGCCAUUUGAUGGCUUUUUUAUAUUUACACAAAACAAUAUUUAAGAAUGUAGCAUCAGUUUUUCACACUCAUCUUGUCAGUUAUUGUUUGAUGUACUAUUAUAAAUGAACUUUAAACUGUACAGUCUACUGCCAGUCUAAUAGGUCUGUUGUUAGCCUUUUUUUUAUUAUUAUUAUUAUUAACUAGCAUAAUGGCAUAAGAAUUGUUGUGGUAAGAUCAUCUUGUUUAGUAUGGCCGUAAUGUUGUGCUUGUGAGGUGCAGCAGCACAGAUUAGGGCCAGGGACAUGUAAUGGCAUUUCUCGUACAGUAUUGUGAAUUUUGGAUUAGGUUACCUGAUGUUUAAAAUAAUAGCUCAGACAAUUUGUUGGUGUAAUAUUCCAAACAAUAGUUUAUAAAGAUUAAACUUGGAAAGAAUGUCAUAGUACUGGUGUCCCUGUUUGCCUGUAUCUUAAGAGCCUGUGCCAUGAUUAGCUAGCAAUGAAACUAAUUGUGGUCAUUGUGAGUUGUGAUAGUAUCAAGUUCUCCCAUAAGUUCUUUUCCUCCCUCUUUCUUUCUGAAAAUUUGACUGGAGAGCCUAAUUAUGUGACCACAAUUUUCGUCACAGUGCGCAAUGUUUUACCCUUGCAGUGUAAAUAUAUUACUUGUCAUAUUUUAUAUUUUACAAUUAUUCUACUGCCUUAAUAAAACUUAUUUCCUAUGAA